ACCGGAGUACUUGUGCGCCCGGCUUAACGCGAAGGGAUAGGGGAGAGGAUUUGAGGCGCCGGAGAUCUCCGGUUUCUUCAAACAAUAGUGGAGAGGACGCGAUGGUCGCCUUUUUAAUUUUUGAAACCACAGGGGAAGUUCAGGACCCCUCAUCUUUCCUAUUGUUGCUCAUACGGAGACCACGUAGCUCUCCGGAGCGGUUUUAAACGUGCGAGGAAGCGCGUAUCCUUUAUUAAUGUAACUUGAGGAUGUGAAAGGAGGCACGGAAGAUGCGCCUGGAAGGAAGGAGCGCGUCCAGUUUGAUUGUAGGCCGAAGGGUUUGAAUUUUCUGCCUGGUGGGAAUUUCAUUGCCUCCAUUCAUUUCCAAAGAAGGCGUCCCGUUUUGGAGAAGGAAAGGGGGAUAAAGGGAACUAGCAUUUGGAUCAUUUGGCAUCAGGACGCUACCAGUGGGGCCUGGGAGUCUCCCAUUGUCCUGCCUUUCUACAGCAACCCCCUUUUUGUAUUUUGUAGGUUCCACAACACCUUAUAUUCUCCCAAAAUGCUGCGGGUCCUCACAAUCUCAACAACUUCAUCUCUCCCCUGCUGCAACUCACCUACCAAUCAUCAUCAUCAUCUCCCACUCCCCUUCAUCCUCUCCUCCUCCCCCUUUCUGUAGCCUCUCUGAGUCUUCCACCUCCCUUCUCCUGCUUCCUCCUCAUCGACCUCCAAGAUAGAUUCCCUCAGGAGCAAGGUUGACCUUCUCAAGCUGCCCCUGGCUCUGUCCACUAAGUCCAUCUCUGAACGCAAGAGCCAGCUGGGAGGAGUCUGCGAGCAGCUUAGCAGAGGGGGAGGAGGAGGAGGCGGGGCUCUUAAAGCCCGCUCACCGCCGACCCGAGACAUGGACAACGAGUCGCAGUACUCGGGCUACUCAUACAAGUCCUCCCACUCCAGAAGUUCCCGGAAGCACAGAGAUCGGAGGGACCGUCACCGCUCCAAAAGCCGAGAUGGCAGCAGUCGAGGAGACAAAUCAGUCACCAUACAAACUCCCGGAGAGCCACUACUCGAUGCAGAGUCAACACGUGGAGAUGACAGGGAUGAUAACUGGGGGGAGACCACGACUGUUGUCACCGGCACCUCCGAGCACAGCAUCUCAAAUGAGGACCUAACCCGCGUCACCAAAGACUUGGAGGAAUCAACCCCGCUGGAGUGCAAGCGCUUUGUUGGUCCGGUGCUGGGAGGCUGCCUGAGCUUCUUCGCGCUGGUCACACCGCUCGCCUUCCUCAUCCUCCCGCAGGUCCUAUGGCGUGAUGCCCUUGAUUCUUGCGGCACUCCAUGUGAAGGCCUCUAUGUCUCCCUUGCCUUCAAGCUCCUAGUCCUGCUCAUCUCCUCCUGGGCGCUGUUCCUCCGCCCUCCCCGCGCCACCCUGCCACGUUUCUUUGUCUUCCGCUGCCUGUUAAUGGUACUGGUGUUCCUGUUUGUGGCAUCCUACUGGUUGUUCUACGGCGUGCGGGUACUGGAGCCCAGGGAGAGGGACUACAGGGGCAUCGUGGAGUACGCUGCCUCGCUGGUGGAUGCCCUGCUCUUCAUCCAGUACCUGGCUCUUGUGCUGUUGGAAGUUCGACACCUGCAGCCGGCCUUUUGCCUUAAGGUGGUCCGGAGCACAGACGGAGCCAGCAGGUUCUACAAUGUGGGCCACUUCAGUAUCCAGCGGGCAGCUGUCUGGGUGCUGGACCGUUACUACAGCGACUUCCCUGUUUACAACCCUGCUCUGCUUAACCUGCCCAAAUCCAUCCUGUCCAAGAAGAUGACUGGCUUCAAGGUUUACUCCCUGGAUGAAAACACUACCAAUAACUCCACGGGCCAGUCGCGGGCCAUGAUAGCGGCUGCUGCCAGGAGGAGAGACAACUCUCACAACGAGUAUUACUAUGAGGAGGCUGAGAUGGACCGCAGGAUCCGCAAACGCAAGGCCAGGCUGGUUGUGGCAGUCGAAGAGGCCUUCACACACAUCAAGCGUCUCCAUGAGGAGGAGGUGGCCUCAUCCCCCAAACACCCCAGAGAGGUGAUGGAUCCUCGGGAGGCAGCUCAAGCAAUCUUUGCCCCAAUGGCCCGGGCCAUGCAGAAAUACCUGAGAACCACACGACAGCAGGCCUUCCACAGUAUGGAGAGCAUCCUCACACACCUGCAGUUCUGCAUCACGCAUAACAUGACGCCCAAGGCCUUCCUGGAACGUUAUCUCACCCCCGGCCCCACCAUGCAGUACCAGCAGCAGAACGGCAGAGGGCGCCAGUGGACCUUAGUGAGCGAGGAGCCGGUGACCUCGGCCCUGCGUCAGGGUCUGGUUUUCUCCCUGCGUCGUCUAGACUUCUCCCUGGUUGUCACGGUGACGCCACUCCCCUUCCUUCGCCUCGGGGAAGAGUUCAUCGAUCCGAAGAGCCACAAGUUUGUCAUGCGGCUGCAGUCAGAGACCUCAGUGUGAAGGCUUCCAGCUUAUCUUCUCUUGUACUGACACCCCAAUGUCAUCCACCCUUCACUUUCAUGAGAGGAGCGCUGCCUUGCUGGUCAUCACAGAUGCUCUAAUAUCAAACUGAGAUCAGCUCAAUAAGGGUCCAAACCCUGGAAAUGAACAGAUGCCUUGACCUCUUCUCAUUCAGUGUUGUCUGUACAACACACUGUAAAAAUUCAUUUUAUGUCUGUCUAAGGGGACUUUUUCUUCUUUUGUCACUGUUUUUGUUGUAACCACUGAACUACUUUACUGUGCUGACUCAAACACGAACACCAGAAGAGGGGGAUUACAUCACACUCAUCACUUCCUCUCUGCGGUGUCUUACAAAAUGGGCGGACUGGUGCCUCACUGCCUCCUGGUUCUCUUUGUUGUUUUCUCCGACAUGAUGAGAGCUUGUUUUUAUAUUUGAGGAAGUGACUUCUCAUUUUAAACCUACAGAAUGUAGCAUUAUGUGCAGUGAGAUAUUGUCUUUUUUAUGUGACUUUUAAAGAAGAAUGGAUGUACAUUCCUAAUCUGUUGCUACUCCAGUCCGUAUGUUCACACUGGCCUUUUUUUUGUUACUAUCAGCAUCCGUUUUAGCAGGAAGACUAAACAUUUUCAACUGGUAUUAACUCGAAGUCUGGAUAUUACUUGGACAAACAUUUAAAACAUCACUCUACUGUUCUAGAUUUUUAUUAUUGUCAACAAAUCCACCAUAACGAAGGAAAACUUUAUAAAAAAUUUUAAUAGAAGCAAUAUUAUUGACCAUUUGAUACUGUAUUUUUAGUGAAUGUUAUUGAAAAAUGAGUAAAUAUUGCAUUUACUCAAGGCUAUUUAAAGCUGGUGACUAUCAUACUACAGUGAAUAAUUGUGGCAGCAGGAUGUUGACCAGAAUAAACUGUCACUCUGUGCGUUUUUAACACUUUUUCUUUGGACAAUAGAAGUUUACGGAACAGAGCAAUAAGCUAAAUUCGACUCUUAAGCACACGAACAAAACCAGUUGGGCUUGUUGACAAUACGAAAGACUUCCAUAAGAACAUCUACUCCAUAUGUUCAGGUGUCACCUGAAGCUUCCUCUUGCUGCUAUCUCUGUGCAACAUAUGCAAAAAAAAGCUACAGAUUUUCCACAUCUUAAAGCAUAACUUUGUAACCCUGAAAAGAAGAUGGACUUCCAUCUUCUUACCCCUUCCUCUCUGCUAUGCUUCAACCCUGCACCACAAGCCCCUCCCCUGCAGAGGACAUUUCAUGCACAUCCAGCUAGUAUUAAUAUUUAGCUUUUUAUUGUCAGAUUGUCUCAUAUCAGUGACAAAAAGUUAUUUUUAAUCAAAAUUGUAAGUUCUGCUUUAAUAGAUAAAUGUGAUUCUGAUGAUGUCAGUGGAAACUUAACACUUGUACACCAACUAUAAGCAGCAACAUCUAUUUAAAUGAGUCAUAGUCUGAUUUUGUCAUGAAGCUGCAUGAUAUUUUAAAUGCAAUCAUCAGCUCUUUAAUAGCUGGAAAGUUUGACCAAUCAGCACAUUUGGAUGAACAUCUUAUAGCUGUGGCAUUUCUCACCAUUUUGGGCUUAAUUUUGCUUUUAUAAGUCAGCGCUCAAUCUUCCAUUGAUUUAAUAUAGAGAAUAUAAACAAAGACAGGCUUUGCAAGCUCCCGAUGAGACGCCUGUUUCUAAGAAAAACUUAGUUCAUGCCCACCUGCUGGGAAAGGCCAUAAAGGCCAGUGAAUUAAUAUUUUUAUUUGAAAACAUCCUCAUUAUAUAUACAUAGAAAAACUGCUGUAAUGCAAAAGUCUGUAGUUCAAACAACAUGCAGAUAAUCACAAUAUAAUACCAGUUGUAAAUGGGGUCUUUUUUUAAUAUAUUUAUAUCUUUCUAAGGAAAUCAGUCCUGAUCAGGCAGCUGUGCUUUAAAAACGGGCUGACUUCCUCCAGUUUUUAUAUUUGAUGCAUAUCUACAGAAAUCCCAAACCAGACGUGUGAUUGUAACUCCUCUGUGCCGCUCCACUGCAGCAGUAGCUGAUCACCGCCUCGCCUUGUCCCACCGGCUGAAACCAGCCUCAACGCGGCCUUAACUCUGCAGACGUGGAGGAGCAGCAGGCUCCUCUUUCUGCAGCUGCCGUUGAGACUUGAACUGCCCUGUCGAACGUAUCCCGCAGUCUGCUGAGCCACAACACGACUGUUUGCUUUUCUCUCCAGUGGAAAUGUUUUUGGUCUUUUUUGUUUUGUUUUGUUUUUUUUUUUUUUUGCUUUUUUUUUUAUAUAUAUAAAUUUCCAAACACUAGCUCCACAAAGUGUUUGAGAUUUCAUCUGAGGGAUGAAAAAGAAGCAUGCAUACCCUUAUUUUGGGCUCCAAAACAGUUUUUAUAAUGACUUGUUUUCUAUCAUUUUUAAGGUGACUAAGUUAUGAUGAUGCAAUGUUCUAAAUGUUUUUACUUUAUAAGAAACAAAUGGCUUGUUUAAAAAAAAAGGUAGAUUUGUUUCCUUUUAGUAACUGUAGCUUGUAUAGUGUGUUAGGCAUUUUUACAUUAUUAAACCAUUUAUUCCUUA